AUGCAUUCCACCACAAUCCUUUCCACGGUCAUUGCCGCCAUUGACAUGUUCGCCACCAUUCCGCCGAAUGCACAGCCAAGUGGACAGACACAAAUUGCUGCUUCCACGAUAAGAAGGCACGCACAAUUCAGGAUGGAUGGACUUUCGUUAUUCCCGGCACGAAGACUGGCGGAGAAAUCCGUUUUGCAGACGGCAAUCUGUGCCCAGACUCAGUCAAAGCCACCUGCAAGGCGAACUGCUGCGACCCAACAACUGGAUGGGGGAAGGGUUGCCCUGAGCAAAGGCUUUUCAACAUCGUUACUCGAAUUUUACUAUAAUUUGAGUUCUCCAUACGAGCUUGGUCCUGAUGAUCUCCAACGGAAUUCAGGUCUUUCCAAUCAGUGUAAAUGA